AAAACAGUCAAGGUGCACGUAAAUCGGCCAAAAACCUCAAUUAUACCAAAGUUUCUCCCUCAAGUCGUCGAAGUUGAAAAUUCUAAGUCAAGCAGCAUCUUAGAAGGUGUAGAAAAAGAGCUAAAUAGAGAAAAUAUGCACAAAAUGACAGAUUAUCUAAUAAAUUUUGAAUGUAUCUGCUUCUUUCAUUACAUUAUUAGUUUUGAAUAUUAUUAUUAUUAUUAUAGUAAGAGAUUUGAGUAUGUUAUCAUUAAAUUCUUUGUCAAUUCUCUUGAUCUUCUGUAUGUUUGCUUCAGCUGUAGCGCGGAAUCAAAUUCAAAAUAAUAGUAGUUGUGCAGUUGUUACUUCUUCUAUUGGAGGAAUCGCAAUGCUAGUUCUCCUAUUCCUCUACUUAAGAAAAAAAUGCUCCUUCAUUUUCUGGAAGAGGAAAGGAGAGGAUUAUCGAAAUGUAAAAGCCUUUUUGAAGAGCCGUGGAUCACUCGCGCUAAGGAAGUACAGUUAUUCUGAAGUUAAAAAGAUGACCGAGUAUUUCAAAAACAAACUUGGUCAAGGAGGCUAUGGUUCUGUGUAUAAAGGAAAGUUGCAUACCGGGAGUCUCGUGGCAGUCAAGGUCUUGAAAGAAUCGAAGGGCGGGGGAGAAGAGUUUAUCAAUGAGGUAGCAAGUAUCAGUAGGACUUCUCAUAUUAAUAUUGUAUCACUUGUGGGAUUUUGUUUUGAAGGUCAACACAGAGCUCUCAUCUAUGAUUUCAUGCCUAAUGGAUCCCUUGAGAAGUUCAUUUACGAUGCAAAAUGUGGUACGAAUCAUCAACUAGGAUGGCAUACAUUGUACAAUAUUUCACUUGGCAUUGCUAGAGGAUUGGAGUAUUUGCAUCGCGGUUGCAAUACUAGAAUCCUGCAUUUCGAUAUAAAGCCUCAUAACAUUCUUCUUGAUGAAGACUUUUGUCCAAAAAUAUCCGAUUUUGGCCUUGCAAAACUAUGUAACAAUAAGGAAAGCGUUGUGUCUUUAUUGGGCGCGAGAGGGACUAUUGGCUAUAUUGCACCAGAAAUUGUGUGUAAAAACAUUGGAGGAGUUUCUCACAAGUCAGAUGUGUACAGCUAUGGUGUGAUGGUCCUCGAGAUGGUUGGAGGAAGGAAAAAUGUUGACGAAGUUAUUGAUUGUACUAGUGAAAUAUACUUCCCACACUGGAUUUACAAACAGAUUGAACAGAAGAAAGAGCUUGGAUUAACUGGUAUUGUGGAGGAAGAGGAUAAGAAACUUGCAGAAAAGAUGAUACUGGUGAGCCUGUGGUGCAUCCAAACCGAUCCGUCCAGCAGGCCUUCUAUCAGUAUGGUCAUAGAGAUGUUACAAGGUGAACUCGAAUCUCUGCAAAUGCCUCCGAAGCCUUUCUUGUAUUCUUCUUCAGUGUCAGACAGUGACAUGCCUACUACCACCUACAUGAUAUCAAGACUCGAAAGAUCAAGUUUGAUGAUCUAGACUUAUCAAAUUAUGCAUGUAUUAUUUUGAAUUAAUUAAGAUAUCAUAUAAACUACAUUUGGCAAAUUAGUUCAUUGUUACUAAAA